GGAGAAGGAGGAGGGAGUGAAUGUGAGGAAGGAGAAGCUUUCUCACUUUCUGUGAGUCCUGCUGGCUGAAGGCUACAGAAUGAGCGCAGUUGCUUUCCUCUCAGUCUGAGAGGAAACUGCUGUCUUCUUUCUUUUUCUUUUCUUUUCUUUAGUUUCUACUUCCUCUCCUGUGUAAGACAUCAAAGAAGAGUCACUGAAGAUUUGUUUCCUUUUCCUCACCGUACUUUUUUGGACCUGUCCCCCACGUCUGUGUUAUUGUUUUUGGGAAGUAUCAUGCCGGUGGUUGGCGUAGCCUCUAAGCUCAGGCAACCCUCCACAGUGGGCAGCAAGCCAGUGCAUACUGCUCUCCCCAUCCCCAGCGCGGUCAGGGCGGCCACCUCGCAGGGCUACAUGUCCCGUCAACAUGAGCUCAGGGCAGGUGAGGGCGCACCGGGGCUCUCCUGCCAGCUGUCAAUCAAGUCCGAAUACCAGCGGGAGAGGACACCUGAAGGGAAGUCCAGAGCUGAGACGGAGGAGAGCAAGAUCUGCAAGAUUUACACCGACUGGGCAAAUCACUAUCUGGCUAAGUCCGGCUGUCAGCGCCUCAUCAAGGACCUCAGCCAGGACGUGACUGAUGGAGUCCUGCUGGCACAGAUCAUCCAGAUCAUAGCGAACGAGAAGGUGGAGGAUAUCAACGGCAGCCCCCGGAGCCACUCGCAAAUGAUCGAGAAUGUGGACGCCUGCCUCAGUUUCCUGGACGCCAGAGGAGUGAAUGUACAAGGGCUCUCAGCAGAAGAGAUCAGGAAUGGAAACCUAAAGAGCAUCCUGGGCCUCUUCUUCAUCCUCUCGCGCUACAAGCAGCAGCAGCAGCAGCAGCAGCAGUACUAUCAGUCCCUGGUGGAGCUCAGCCAGCAGACCAGCAGCACCGCGUCGUCCGCCGGCAGCCUCAAGACUCAAGACAUGCAGUCCAGUCUCACUGCACGAUAUGCAAGUCCUCCGGGCCACAGUGGAAUAGGGUCUCCACAGAAGAAAAACACAAGGUUACCCGGCCCCUCCAGAGCUCCUGCUGCUGGCAGCGGGGGCUCCAGAAGUCCGGGCUCGUCCAACCUCAACCGUCGCAGCCAGAGCUUCAACAGCAUCGACAAGAGCAAGCCUCUUCAGUAUGCCAGCGGCAACGACAGAGAAGCGGUGAGGGGCAUCCCAGCACCCGGCGGGAUGAAUGGGAGCGGUCUUGGUGGGGCAGUUCCCACCAGCCUGAGCGGGCAGCAGCUGGCCUCUGCCAUCCCCUCACCCACCGCGGGCAAGUCCUGGCGCAGCAAGUCCAUGAACCUCAAGCACAGCGCCACCUCGUCCAUGCUGGCAAGCCCCACGCACUCCCCCUCCCCCACCCUUUCACCCCAGGGCUCUGACGGCUUCCAGCCACACGGGAGCGAUGGGUCCAAAGUAGGUUCAGCUGGCGCUGGUGGACCCCAGAGGUCCAUGCUGGAGAAGUUCCGCUUGAUUAACCCCAGGUCGGCUUCACGAGCGUCUCCGUCUGUGGCGGAGAUGUCUUUGCAGGAGGAGGAUGACCUGUCGGAGUACGGGGAGGAUGGAUUGACGCCCACAGGCUCCGUGUGCAGCAGCGGCAGUAGCAGUGCUACGGCCAAGCAAAUGUCUACCAAGACAACUGCGCCCUCCCUCGCUGCACCGAGCAAGUCUUCCUCUUCUGCAUCCCCCUCCUCUUCAUAUUCAAAAGGGUCUGCCAAUGGCAGCAGGGUCAUGGCCUCGUCCAAAGAAAAGGAGGACAAAAGCCGAUCUGGGAAAUCUUCUAAGGACAGCUCUCAACCCAAAGAGGAACGUGAGUCAUUUGCUGACGCAACCAAGAAGAAUUCCAAAAUUGCCAGCCUCAUCCCCAAGGGAGGGAAGCCCGCCUCUGGAAAGAAAGAUGGCGCCACGUCCUCAGCUUCCAGCAGCAUCCCUAAGUCAGGACUUAAAGCUCCCUCCUCCGCCACCACGCCCAAGCCUCACAGUCAGCUGCAGAGCCAAAGCCAGGCCGCCUUAAACAGCAGCGGCAACAUGCGGGGUGGAGAGGCCGACAGAGCCAAGCUGACCAAAGGAGGGCAGGGGGGGAGUUUCUACAUACAGCGCUCCAGUGGGGGCCCAGAGGGCAAAAGGACCAGCAUGACCUCCUCCACCAGCACCUCCGCCCUGUCUGGGUCCAGUGGGAUGCUGGGUGGAGGAGGUGGAGGAGGAGCGCUUGGAGGGAACGGAGUAGUUCAACUCCCUCAGCAGCAGCAGCACAACCACCCCAAUACUGCCACUGUGGCCCCCUUCAUGUACAGGACAUUCUCAGAGAACGACUGCACCAUGAUGGCACCAGCAGAGUCCUGCCUCAGCCCCACCAAGGGAGAGCUGGUCUACAGCAAGACAGCCAAACAGUGCCUGGAGGAGAUAUCAGGAGAGGAUCCUGAGACGAGACGCAUGAGGACGGUGAAGAACAUCGCUGACCUGCGGCAGAACUUGGAAGAAACCAUGUCCAGUCUGCGGGGGACACAGAUCAGCCACAGUACCAUAGAAACGACCUUCGACACCACGGUAACCACUGAGGUCAAUGGGCGGAGUCUACCAGCCCUCACCACACGCUCCUCCCCCAUGGCCUGGCGUCUGGGCCAAUCACAAACCCCGCGUCUCCAGGCAGGCGACGCCCCCUCAAUGCCCAGCAGCUAUGCUGCGCCCAGGGCGAGCACGACGAGCGCUGGCACCACAACAGGGCGCUACAGCGGGCACUCGGACCCUUCCAGGUUUGUGUUCAGCACCCCCCUGAGGCGAGCGGCAGCAGGGGCGAGGGGGGCGGAGCAGGGGGAGAAGGGAGGAGGAGGGCUGGAAGGAGGGAAGCAGAUGGAGAUGGCAGGGUACAUGAGUGAUGGGGACCUCCUAGGGAGGAACGGCCGGAUGGAUGAGAUCACCAGCGGAUACCUGACAGACGGCGGCCUCCAUCUGUACGCAAGGAACGCCGGCCGAUCCUCGGACGGGGCUUCUUCUCGAGAAGUUUCGCAGAUAGGGAGCAAAGAGAUGCAGGGCGACAUUGACAGUUGGGACGACAGCAGCUCAGUGAGCAGCGGCCUGAGCGACACGCUGGACAACAUCAGCACCGAUGAUCUGAACACACCCUCCUACUCUGCCGUCAGCUCGUCACGCAAAAGCAAAGGAGCACAGUCUCAGAAAGAAAGCCGGUCCAAGCAUGCAGAGCAGGAGGUGAGCAGCAGCUGGGCCGGAGCCGAGGACCUGAAGAAGGUGGAGGAGGAGCUGGAAGCCAGCAUGGACCCCAGCAGCGGCUCUUCCCGCUGGAAGCCUUCCUCGUCCUCCUCUUCCUCUCAGGCGCAGGGCCAGUACGAAGAAGCCGGUCAGAAGGCCGCUGCGCUGGCCCAGAUGUCCCAGACGGGCUCGUGGAGGAGGGGCAUGACGGCCCAGGUGGGCAUCACACCACCCAGGACCAAGGGUAGCUCUGCUGCACACAAAACCCCAGGCAAAACUGAUGAUGCUAAAGCGUCGGAGAAGGGCAAGGCGCCUUCCAAGAGUUCAGCUGCCAUCCAGCGCUCACCCUCAGAUGCUGGGAAGAGUAGUGGAGAUGAAGGUAAGAAACCUCCCUCUGGCAUCGGACGCCCACCCACCACUGCUUCUUUUGGAUACAAGAAGAUCCCGGGUCCCAGUGGAACCCUAAUCACCUCCAGUGGUGCAACGCUCGCCAGCGGCUCAGCCACACUGGGCAAGGCGCCAAAAUCCUCAGCUGCCCUCGGCAAAGGAACAGGCAUCGGCGGUGUGCGUAAGACCAGCCUGGAUGGCUCUCAGCCCGAGGAUGACGGCAUUGUACUCAGCUGCAGCGGCUCCAAAGUGACCCUGCAGUACCGCUCUCUACCCAGACCUGCCAAAUCCUCCAGUGGGGGGGCAGCAGGACGCGGGCAUCGCUCCAGUUCCAGCAGCAUCGACUCAAACGUCAGUGGAAAGUCAGCUGGAGGAGCAGCGACGCAAGCGGGUGCCAAACGCAGAGACGGAAAAGUGAGCUCAGACCGCGCCAGUCCCAUCACCGUCAACCAGACGGACAAAGAGAAAGUGGGGGUGUCGGACCAGGACGCCACAGCAGGACUGUCCACCUCCCCCAAGUCCAGCCCCACCUCCACUUCCACAGGCCAAUCAGGCCUCAGGCAGCCGGGCUCCAAGUAUCCCGAUAUUGCUUCUCCUACUUUCCGCAGAUUGUUUGGCACCAAAGCCAGCAGCAAGGCCAGCUCUCCGGGCACACCCGACUCUGGCAAGUGCCCCUCAAUACUGGGCAGCCCCCACGGCACGCUGGCGAGGCAGGCCAGUCUGGACUCGCCCUCCUCUGGCACGGGGAGCCUGGGCAGCGCUGGCGGCUUGAGCGGUGGCAGCAGCCCGCUGUACGGUAAAACCCCAGACCUGUGCACUGACUCCCCGGCCUCCAGCCCGGCCUCUGGCCUCUCCCUGCCCUCCAACGCUCGGCCCUGGCCUGCCUGUAGCUCAUCAGCUGGCAGCAAGGACACACUGAGCUGCCAAAGCAUGACCAGUCUGCACACCAGCUCUGAGUCCAUUGAUCUGCCGCUGGGCCACCACGGGCCCAAGGUCACACGCACCGGCAGUGUCAAGUCCACCCUGUCUGAGGGCAUGCCUCUUGACAGAAACACGCUUCCCAAAAAGGGACUGAGGUACCCUCCGUCCUCCCGGCAGACGUCCCAUGAGGAAGGGAAGGAGUGGUUGAGGUCUCAUUCAACAGGGGGGCUUCAGGACACAGGCAGCCAGUCCCCCCUGUCUCCUCCUGGAGCCUCCUGCACCACCACUGGAAGAUACCACUACUCCAACCUGCUGAGCCCCACUAACAUCAGCCAGUACAACCUGCCCCAAGGCAGCAGCAGCAUGAGCCGCUCCAACAGCAUCCCUGCCCAGGACUCCUUCGACCUGUACGGAGAGGGUCACCCGCUCGGUGGCAGCGUGACCUCCCUGGAGGACCGGCCCCGGGCCAUCAGCCGCUCCGGCUCCUUCAGGGACAGCACUGACGAAGUCCAUGGCUCCUCACUGUCUCUGGUCUCCAGCACGUCUUCUCUGUACUCUGCGACGGAGGAGAAAGCCCACUCAGAGGGCCAAACAGUCCAGAACUCCACGCAAAUCAGAAAGCUGCGUCGGGAGCUGGACACCUCUCAGGAGAAGGUGGCGACCCUGACGUCUCAGCUGUCUGCUAAUGCUCACCUGGUGGCGGCCUUCGAGAAGAGCCUGAGUAACAUGACCUGCCGCCUGCAGAGCCUCACCAUGACUGCUGAACAAAAGGAGACGGAGUUGGUUGAGCUGAGGGAGACAAUAGAGACGCUGAAGACCCAGAACACUGACGCCCAGACCGCCAUCCAGGUGGCGCUCAACGGCCCUGACCACCUGCACAAAGACCUGCGGAUCAGACGGCAACACUCGUCAGAGAGCAUGUCCAGUAUCAACAGUGCAGCCAGUCACUCCAGCAUGGGCAGUCUGGGCAAGGACGCCGAAGACAAGAAGAAGAAGAAGAAGAGCUGGGUGGCUGACUCCAUCCCGGCUCAGCUGCGCAGCUCCUUCAAGCAGGCGUUCAGCAAGAAGAAAAGUAAAUCCCAGUCGGCCCACGACGAGAUGGAGGAGAUGCCCGACUCGCUGCCGUCCUCGCCCAAACUGCAGCACGAAUACAGGCAAGGCAGCAUCGCCACGCUGCACUCCUCGCCCUCCACCACAGAUAAGUGCGUGUGUGAAAGCAACUCCUCCCCCAUUUGGACGUCAAAGAAAAAGCUAAACGGUCAUGUGGUCUACAGGCACAGAUCUCGGUUGUGCGAAUGCACCGAAGCCGAAGCAGAAACCAUCCUCCUGCUGAAGAAUGAGCUGAGAGAGAAGGAGCUCAAGUUGACAGACAUCCGCCUAGAAGCGCUGAGCUCCGCCCACCACCUGGACCAGAUCCGAGAGGCCAUGAACCGCAUGCAGAACGAGAUCGAGACGCUGAAAGCAGAGAACGACCGUCUGAAGUCCAGCGGUAACGCCACGCCUACGGCCACGCCCCUCAAGACGGCCCGGCCGCCAUCCGAAACCUCCAGCACGUCCUCGUCCUCCUCGCGUCAGUCCUUGGGGCUGUCGCUCAACAACCUCAACAUCACGGACACCAUCAUGUCAGAUAUUCUGCUCGACGACAGCUACGAGGGAAAUCUACGCAAAGAGGGCCGGAGUGUGCGAAUCGUGGUGACCAUCAGCAGCGGGCCGUACACCACCAAGGUGACACAAAGCCACGCGUACCUGAUUGGGUCGAUAGGAGUGAGUGGGAAAACCAAGUGGGACGUCCUGGAUGGGGUCAUCCGACGCCUCUUCAAGGAGUAUGUGUUUCGGGUGGACCCCCUGAGCAGCCUGGGUCUCAGCUCAGACAGCAUCGUGUGCUACAGGAUGGGCGAGGUGGUUCGCUCCCACGCUUCUGAAGUGCCUGAGCUGCUGCCCUGCGGAUACCUGGUGGGCGACAACAACGUCAUCAAGGUCAACCUCAAAGGUGUGAAGGAGAACAGUAUCGACAGCUUGGUGUUCGACACGCUGAUCCCUAAGCCCAUCAUCCAGCGGUACCUCAACCUGUUAAUGGAGCAUCGUCGUAUCAUCCUCUCAGGACCUAGCGGCACCGGAAAAUCAUUCCUGGCCGCCAAGCUGGCCGAGUACAUAAUUUCCCAGAUGGGGCAGAAGGUGACGGAGCACAACGUGGCCAGCUUCAACGUGGACCAGAAUUCCAGCAAGGAUCUGCGUCAGUACCUGUCCAACCUGGCAGAGCAGUGUAACUCUGAGGAGACGGACACAGAGCUCCCCACUGUGGUGAUCCUCGACAACCUCCACCAUAUUGGAUCCUUAAGUGACAUAUUCAACGGCUUCCUCAACUGCAAGUACCACAAAUGCCCUUAUGUCAUCGGGACCAUGAACCAGGGAGUGUCCUCUUCUCCCAACCUUGAGCUCCACCACAACUUCAGGUGGGUGCUGUGCACCAACCACACCGAGCCGGUCAAAGGUUUCCUGGGACGUUUCCUGCGGCGGAAGCUGAUAGAGACGGAGAUCGAUAAGAACAUGCGCAGCAACGACCUGAUCAAGAUUAUUGACUGGAUCCCCAAAACCUGGCAGCACCUCAACGGCUUCCUGGAGGCACACAGCUCCUCUGAUGUCACCAUAGGCCCCCGUCUCUUCCUGUCCUGUCCCCUGGAUGUGGAGGGCUCUCGGGUUUGGUUCACAGACCUGUGGAACUACUCCCUGGUGCCCUACCUGCUGGAGGCGGUCCGGGAGGGGCUUCAGCUAUAUGGCAAAAGAGCAGCCUGGGAGGAUCCAUCCAAGUGGGUGAACGACACGUAUCCGUGGAACGCCGCCUCGCUACAGCAGGACGGCCAGUCGCUGCUCCAACUGAGGCCGGAGGACGUGGGAUACGACGGCUACAGCUCCUCCAAGGAGGGAGCCUCAUCCAAGCAGGUGUCUCAGAGCGACACCGAGGGAGACCCGCUGAUGAACAUGUUGCUCCGGCUGCAGGAGGCUGCGAACUACUCCAGCACGCAGAGCUGCGACAGCGACAGCACCAGUCACCAUGACGACCAGCUGGACUCCUCUCUGGAGUCGGCGCUAUGAGACCGGAGCCCUUCAACCACACGCCCCUGUAGUGCAGAUAUAUAAUAUAUGAAAAGUUUUAUUAUCCAAAAUGGUAUACCGGCCAUUUGAAAGAAAACACAUAUUUUUUACAUUACAAUGGUGCAAUAUUAAAUCUAAUUAUUGCCAACUUGGUCCUCAGUGGUCAAAGUGAUGAACAAUCAUCCGAGUUGGAUCCAAUAUAUUUUAAACACAUCAUAGUGAAGCUCAGCUCCUUGUUUUUUAAUGGAUGUAUAACAUUUUAGAAUACAACUUUUCAUAUAUGUGUAGGACAAGGAGGAGAAUCGUGCUCCGCCAUGAUGACCCGCAGAUCACCUCAUUGUUUUACUGUUACAGAGAACAGAGAAGAGUUUAAACUGGACUUUUCUUUUUUAUCCCAGAUAUAUCUUCAGAUGUUUACAAAGGGGGGGGCAGGUUCUGUUGUUUAUGUCUUUCCUUGAUUACAGAGGUGCUUCACACACACACACACACACACACACACACACACACACACACACACACACACACACACACACACACACACACACACAGAGGCAGCAGGAGCCCCCAUGUGACCAACAAUCCAGCCUGCCAAAGUGUCCUUGAGCAAGGCACUAUUCACAGCACCCUCCUCUCUGAGCCCACCUACGUAAGAGGAGGAUACAGUGGAGUGUUGGGGGACGUGAUGCCCUCUGGUGGCCACACAGUAACCACACAUCACAGAUCCAUCAGUGAGUAGUUGUAGCGGGGACUUAUUGAGCGGAGGGACACGUAUCUGUCUGUUUACCACUGCAUCACCUUAUUUGGGUGUUUUUGCCUUUUCUGAACAUAAAGACAAUUCCGCACAUCCGUGAUGGCACCAGAUGUGGACGUUUUUGAGACAUUUGCAAAGCCUCUGCAGCCCAACUAGGAUCACAAGAAUGACACUUUCCUAACACCCUCAUACAUACCCUCCUGCUCAGUGGUGGGUUGAGCUUCCUGGUGCUGGUCUCCUGCCCUGAGCCUCCUCAGUGUGAGCAUUGCCAAGCCGCUCCUCGCCGCCCUGCAUGCCAAAAACAAGCACAACAAAAGCGCAUUGUCUGUGUGUCAUCCAGCCACAUUGUUACUGUGAAGAAAAAAAUGGACAAGUGCCAAUGUUUCCCUUUGAUUUACUGCCAAAUGUGCACACACACAACCACACGAACACAGAAUCUUAACAUCACAUGGUUGUAAACUUAGAUGAAGUUGUUCUUGGCCUUCCACUCGCCGCAGUCUGUCACUCCAGAGCUUACACACAGAUCAGCCUCACAGAACUGUCUCCAUUAACUGUUUGCUAAGCCCCUCCCUUAAACAGCCAUGGUCCAAUCAUUAGCAGCCAAUAUCACCCUGAGAUAGGACACAUUAGUCCUCAUCCUAAAAGCCUUUUCUCUUGUAACGGUGAAAAGUGGAAAAAAUAAUACAAUUUAAACAAAAAAGCAGGGCUGGGCGAUAUGGCCAAAAUCUUCUAUCUAUAUAUUUAAUUUCAUAUCUGGAUAAUGAUAUAUAUCACGAUAUAGCAUGUUAUCUAUUUUUGUAUACUCCUGUGUGAAUUAAAUACUUGACAAAGGAAAAGUAUUUUCUUAAUUUGAGUUAGUAUGUGCUUGUUCUUAACGAUUUAUCUCCAUAUAUGAUUUCAUUACGAUACAAUUCUAUUGAAAAGAAGUUAAAAAUAUAUGGAAUUAUCGCCCGGCCCUGCUGAAAAUAUAAUAUUUAAUCACAAAAAAGUAUGAAGCUAAACAGCCAAACAGAUUUAUGUAGAACGCUGCAGGACCAGAACAAUCUUUACUUCCAUGUCUUCUCCCUGCAGCUCUGGGGAGGAUGCUGACUGUUCACAUGCAGCUUUAGUGUCAAGUGCACAUUUAAGACUCAUUUACACACAAGUCAGCAGGAAACAGUCUAAUGUUAGCUUGAUUAGCAUCUACAGCUGUUUGAGCUGCACAGGUGCAAGAAGGGAAAGCUUGACGAAGGGCUUAGCGAACAGUCAAAUGCACGUAGCUGCUACAUUUGUGUUAACUGCAUGGAAACAAGCGGAUGGGUUUGCUGCAACCGGGAAAUUCAGAAAGUAAGGAAAGCAGUAAACUGACGAAUGUCCAGUUCUUCACUCCAACAGAUGUGAGAGCUGAUGCGAGCUUCCUGUCCUGCAUGCUUAGCAUCUGCACCCAUGUUGGAUCAACAUGAGGUACCAAACAUAGAAUCCAAAGUGUUUUGAAAUUCAAGAUAAGGGAACAAUGACACUGGUGCUUUCUCACUGCCUUAAGUGUGCUCCCAUUGGCUAACGUGAGAAGAAGAGUUGUUGAUGUCGGACGAUGAAGAUCUGCUUCCUGCUUGUAGUCGGAGAAAAACAGCCUCUUGUUUUGUUGUCGCUCCCUCUUCCUCCAAACCGCCCUUUCUUGUUUCUGACAGUUAAAGUAUAAAAGAGUUGAUGCUGUCUCUGCAUUUAAAACUGACCAAUAUUGUAAAAACGUUUAAAAGUGGUGGGGUGUUUCUUAGUUGUUGUUUUUGGCCCAGUUGAGCUGGGCUCACUUGAACUGACAGGAGCACAACCAAACAGUUUUGGGUUUUCUAGCCUGACGAGCAUGUCUUGAAGCUUUUUAAAGAAGAGACCUUUACCGUUAUGUAUGCGUGUAUUGGACGGAAGCCAUUUUGAAUUUUGAUUGUCCUCUUUGUUUAUCGCGUGGGUUGGUUUUGCACACUUUGAGGUCGGGGUGGGUUGUAAAUACUUCAGUCUUGCACAGUGAAUCAAAGAUGCAUUCUGCCCUGUUGAUGUUACAGUAUGCUUCAGCCGCUGACUAAAUUAUUGUACUUUGAAAACAGAGAAGAAAAAAAAGAAAUGCAAAAACUCAACACGCUGUCAGAAACAGCUGUGUGUCUUGUGAUGGAUGUUUUGCCUAUGCAGGAGGCAUACGGUGUACAGUAAGAACACAUUUAACUCACUAAAAUCACAGACUGAGAACAUAAAAUAGGAAGUUCAGCAGUUUCCCCCUCCUGCCAUGAUAUUAUCUGGAUCCUCUCCGUCUUCAGGAUGCCUGUUGAUCCUGAGAUGCACCUCCUCUCUGGACAUUUUCACCCCAGCUUACAGCCACGUUAGGCUUGCCAGCUGUCUGAGGCGCCGUACUGUAUUCAUUUAACGACAACCAACAGGUGCUACUGCAGUCGAAGCCCAUCGGAGACCAAGAAGUCAUGUUGUCACAACCUCAGGACAAUCCAAGCUCACAGCCCUCUGCAGCCCAGCCUCGGAUGGGUCACAUAGCAAACUACAGCCUUGUGUCUGCAAGGGUUAGUAGUUGCAUGAUAAUGAGGUAGCUACCGAGGUCACAUGUUGCUCCUUACCUACAGUUACACUCAUGUAUCAAACCUGAGCUCAGACCUCUGAUCCACCUUCUCCUCUGCGCUCCUGUUGUAGGCUGUGAGUUCCCGGGCUAGCAGAACUUUGGCACCGUUAACGGGGUACACGCCACAGUGUUGAUGAUCCGCCGCUCAGUUUCCCACUUUACACUUUGCAGUUACAUCUCAGUUGAAAACCAUAGCAUUUACUCUGGUUUGAGAGGAAGUUUUCUUCUUUUUGGGUGAAACAUUUGUCCUUAAAUGUUUUAUAUUUUGUACAUUUGUAUGUAACAUAUCAUGUAAAUAGACAGAGACAGUGUUUUAACUCAUCUGGAGGAUUUUGUAGUCUUUGUAAAGCCCUAAUAAAUGGUAUUUGGUGUCACACGA